GGGGGGAAACGGGGGCGCGGGGCUGGCUGAGAUCCCGCGGCGGCCAAAGCGGGGCUUAGGCCCCGGGCAGAAUUCUCCCCAAGCGCUGCUGCACUGGCGCAGCCCGCCGCCAAACUUUUUUCUCCCCAAAGCGCUGCCCCCGCAGUUACUUGGCGGGCAGCCGGCAGCCCACUCUCGGCAGGACGAUCAGGGAGAGGCGGGCGUGGGGCGGGAGGGCUGCUGUUUUGCAGCCCUAGGAGGCGUGCAGGCGGAGAAGUGGUCCGGGUCUGCACUGUCCCUGCGUCUGCCCCGUGGCACCGGUGGCCCGACGUGCUGCAGUGCCUGGCGCAGGUGAUCCGGGCAGCGCGUCCGGCACAAGUCAGGGGGCAGCAGCGCCGGAGGGAGGGGCGCCCUUGUCUCUUCUCCUCCCCCUGCAGCCUGGCUGCACUGCGUGGGGUCUUUCCAUCCCCGGCAGUGCUCAGGGGCGCUCCUCAUCAGCAGGUGCCACCUCCGUCCUCGAGUGCCCUAGCCCUGGCCUGGCCUGCGCCCCCCGGGGCUUCCAUCCUGCAGAUUCCCCUCCCCAUCUCCGUCUCUCACACACGCUCCCCUAAGCCGCGCGCGCCGCAAACUCUGUCUCGGUCCCCGCAGGUGAUGUCAUGCCCAUUGUUUUGGUGCGCCCAACCAAUCGGACUCGCCGCCUGGAUUCUACCGGAGCCGGCAUGGGCCCUUCCUCGCACCAGCAGCAGGACUCCCCGCUCCCGACCAUAACGCAUUGCGCAGGGUGCACCACCGCCUGGUCUCCCUGCAGCUUUAACAGCCCUGACAUGGAAACCCCAUUGCAGUUCCAGCGCGGCUUCUUCCCAGAGCAGCCGCCGCCGCCGCCACGCUCCUCACACCUGCAUUGCCAGCAGCAGCAACAGAGCCAGGACAAGCCGUGCCCGCCCUUCGCGUCCCUCCCGCACGCUCACCACCACCCGCACCUCGCGCACCAGCAGCCGGGCAGUGGCGGCAGCAGCCCAUGCCUCCGGUGCAACAGCUGCGCCUCCUCCGGUGCCCCGGCGGCGGGGGCGGGGGCGGGGGAUAACCUGUCCCUGCUGCUCCGCACCUCCUCGCCCGGCGGCGCCUUCCGGACCCGCACCUCCUCGCCGCUGUCGGGCUCGUCGUGCUGCUGCUGCUGCUCCUCGCGCCGAGGCAGCCAGCUCAAUGUGAGCGAGCUGACGCCGUCCAGCCAUGCCAGUGCGCUCCGGCAGCAGUACGCCCAGCAGUCCGCGUCCGCCUCCCAGUACCACCAGUGCCACAGCCUGCAGCCCGCCGCCAGCCCCACGGGCAGCCUCGGCAGCCUGGGCUCCGGGCCCCCGCUCUCGCACCACCACCACCACCCGCACCCGGCGCACCACCAGCACCACCAGCCCCAGGCGCGCCGCGAGAGCAACCCCUUCACCGAAAUAGCCAUGAGCAGCUGCAGGUACAACGGGGGCGUCAUGCGGCCGCUCAGCAACUUGAGCGCGUCCCGCCGGAACCUGCACGAGAUGGACUCGGAGGCGCAGCCCCUGCAGCCACCCGCGUCCGUCGGAGGAGGUGGCGGCGCGUCCUCCCCGUCUGCAGCCGCUGCCGCCGCCGCCUCGUCCUCAGCCCCCGAGAUCGUGGUGUCUAAGCCCGAGCACAACAACUCCAACAACCUGGCGCUUUACGGAGCCGGCGGCGGCGGCGGCGGCGGCAGUGGGCACGGCAGCAGCAGUGGUACCAAGUCUAGCAAAAAGAAGAACCAGAACAUCGGCUACAAGCUGGGCCACCGGCGCGCCUUGUUCGAAAAGCGCAAGCGGCUCAGCGACUACGCGCUCAUUUUCGGCAUGUUCGGCAUCGUGGUCAUGGUCAUCGAGACCGAGCUGUCGUGGGGCGCCUACGACAAGGCGUCGCUGUAUUCCUUAGCUCUGAAAUGCCUUAUCAGUCUCUCCACGAUCAUCCUGCUCGGCCUGAUCAUCGUGUACCAUGCCAGGGAAAUACAGUUGUUCAUGGUGGACAAUGGAGCAGAUGACUGGAGAAUAGCCAUGACUUAUGAGCGUAUUUUCUUCAUCUGCUUGGAAAUACUGGUGUGUGCUAUUCAUCCCAUACCCGGGAAUUAUACGUUCACAUGGACAGCCCGGCUUGCCUUCUCCUAUGCCCCAUCCACAACCACCGCUGAUGUGGAUAUAAUUUUAUCUAUACCAAUGUUCUUAAGACUCUAUCUGAUUGCCAGAGUCAUGCUUUUACAUAGCAAACUUUUCACUGAUGCCUCCUCUAGAAGCAUUGGAGCACUUAAUAAGAUAAACUUCAAUACACGUUUUGUUAUGAAGACUUUAAUGACUAUAUGCCCAGGAACUGUACUCUUGGUUUUUAGUAUCUCAUUAUGGAUAAUUGCCGCAUGGACUGUCCGAGCUUGUGAAAGGUAUAAAAAUACUUUUAUAAGUUGCACACAGAUCUUGGAACAUAUGACAAAUCCAAUUUGUGUUGACUGGUACCAUGAUCAACAGGAUGUUACUAGCAACUUCCUUGGAGCAAUGUGGUUGAUAUCAAUAACUUUUCUCUCCAUUGGUUAUGGGGACAUGGUACCUAACACAUACUGUGGGAAAGGAGUCUGUUUGCUUACUGGAAUUAUGGGUGCUGGUUGCACAGCCCUGGUGGUAGCUGUAGUGGCAAGGAAGCUAGAACUUACCAAAGCAGAAAAACACGUGCACAAUUUCAUGAUGGAUACUCAGCUGACUAAAAGAGUGAAAAACGCAGCUGCCAAUGUACUCAGGGAAACAUGGCUAAUUUACAAAAACACAAAGCUAGUAAAAAAGAUAGAUCAUGCAAAAGUAAGAAAACAUCAACGAAAAUUCUUGCAAGCUAUUCAUCAAGCUCGGAAAUUAAGAAGUGUAAAAAUGGAGCAGAGGAAACUGAAUGACCAAGCAAAUACCUUGGUGGACCUGGCAAAGACCCAGAAUAUCAUGUAUGACAUGAUUUCCGACUUAAAUGAAAGGAGUGAAGACUUCGAGAAGAGAAUUGUUACCCUGGAAACGAAGUUAGAGACUUUGAUUGGCAGCAUCCACGCCCUCCCCGGGCUCAUAAGCCAGACCAUCAGACAGCAGCAGAGGGACUUCAUUGAGGCUCAGAUGGAGAACUACGACAAGCACGUCACCUACAACGCUGAGCGGUCCCGGUCCUCGUCCAGGAGGCGGCGGUCCUCCUCUACAGCGCCACCAACUUCAUCAGAGAGUAGCUAGAAGAGAAUAAGUUAACCACAGAAUAAGACUUUUUGCCAUCAUAUGGUCAAUAUUUUAGCUUUUAUUGUAAAGCCCCUAUGGUUCUAAUCAGUGUUAUCCGGGUUCUGAUGUCAGAAUCCUGGGAACCUGAACACUAAGUUUUAGGCCAAAAUGAGUGAAAACUCUUUUUUUUUUUCUUUCAGAUGCACAGGGAAUGCACCUAUUAUUGCUAUAUAGAUUGUUCCUCCUGUAAUUUCACUAACUUUUUAUUCAUGCACUUCAAACAAACUUUACUACUACAUUAUAUGAUAUAUAAUAAAAAAAAAAAGUUAAUUUCUGCACAUA